AUGAUCCGGUUCGACAACACCCCGCCCGAAGUCAUGCAAGCAAUGUGCACGCCAAUGCACCAAAUCCUUCCGCCUUCCCCAUCUACCGCGCACCACUCCCGCCUCGGAGGCCUCUACCUCGGCUCCCUCACCGCAGCUCAAGAUCCCCCCCUCCUCCGCUCACAGGGCGUUUCCCACAUCGUCUCCGUGCUUGAUGCGCCGUGGGCGCCGACCUCUCACCUCGAGCGCGAGGGCUUCAGCGUGUACAAGAUCGAGGUGGGCGACGAGGCGAGCGUCGAUUUAAGGCCGUAUCUGGAGGCAGUGUGUGCGAAUAUCGAGGGUGUGAGGAGGACAGGGAGAAGUGUGUUGGUUCACUGUCAGCAGGGCGUCUCCCGCUCCGCCGCCAUCGUCAUCGCCUACCUCAUCGCACACCAGGCCAUGUCCUACGACACCGCCCUCACACUCGUUCGCCGAAAGCGCGCGUGCGUACGCCCGAACUUAGGGUUCGUGAGGGCGCUGCAGGAGUGGGAGGGCAUGGUUAGGAGUGGGGGUAUGGGCGCGCAGAGACCGCCUAUUGAUCGGCGGUUCACUAACUGA